AUGUCGCAAGAUACUCAUCUGUUUAGCGUCAGGCGCCCGGGGCCCCGAGAGACGCUCGGGAGUGUACAAAACUAUUCCUCUAUUCCACAGCCCGCUUCCGCGCUUAAACGAACAAGUUCCAUUGGGUUUAACAACCCUCCAUUCACGUCGCAAAAUGCUCGCCGCACGUCGCUAUUGAACUCAGCAAGCAGGCCUCAGCAGCCCAACUUCGCACGCGCUUCCACCGGAGGCCCGUUUGCUGCUGAGGCUGGUCUCUCAUCCGUACGCCGGUCCGUGUCGAGUAACAUGUUUCAUGGCGCCAGUGCAAGUCGGCAAAGCUUUGCGCCGGGCUCCCUUUCAUCGAAUCCUGCACCCCCGAACCUACAACGUCGCAGCAGCGUCUUUUCAAGGCCAUCAAUGGGUGGUCCAAUGGGCCACCAGUCUUUUUUCAACCAAGUCCCCAGUGUGGCGGGUGUCCCCAGGGAUCCGCGCCCACUUCGGGAUCGAUCUUUCCAAGCGCGCAUCGGACAGGAGCUACUGGAAUAUUUGACCGCCAAUCAAUUUGAGUUGGAGAUGAAGCAUAGUUUGGGACAAAAUACCCUCCGUUCGCCGACUCAGAAGGACUUCAAUUACAUUUUCCAGUGGCUGUAUCAUCGUAUUGAUCCCGGGUACAAGUUCCAAAAAGCAAUGGAUGCCGAAGUGCCCCCAAUUCUCAAGCAACUACGCUAUCCGUACGAGAAGGGAAUUACGAAGUCGCAGAUCGCAGCUGUUGGUGGCCAGAACUGGUCAACAUUCCUUGGAAUGCUACACUGGUUAAUGCAACUGGCGCAGAUGAUGGAGGGCUAUGUACAUGGGCAGUAUGAUGAGGCUUGCGCGGAGGCAGGUGUUGAUUUGACAGGUGAUCGCAUCAUAUUUCGCUUUCUUACUCAAGCCUACCAUGACUGGCUUCAGGGUGGCGAAGAUGAAGAUGACGAUAUGGCUGAGCAGAGGUUAAUCCCGCACAUUGAGAACAUGUCCGCGGAAUUUGCCCGUGGCAACGAGCGGUAUGUGCAGGAGCUAGAAGCUUUGGAAGCGGAGAAUCAAGCUCUUCGUGCACAAAUCGAGGAGAUGGAGCGAAAUGCUCCCGACAUGGCUAAACUGGACAAGCAUUUCCGGAUUCUGGAGGACGACAAGCGAAAGUUCGAAGACUACAACCAGAACGUCAAAGGAAAGAUUGAAAAAUACGAGACUCGAAUCAAAUUCCUGGACGCUGAACUUCAGAAAAUUGACGCUGAACUUCUGACGACUGAGACUGAGCGAGCCGAUCUUCAAGCCAGCGUGGAUCAACAGGGCAUCACGAUCCAGGACAUUGACCGCAUGAACACUGAACGAGAACGUCUCCAGAAGAGCCUUGAAGACACAAUGGCUCGUUUAGAAGAGACACACGCCCGAGUCAUGGAGAAGGAGGCAGAGGCUAGCCAGAAGCUCGAGGACUUGGAGGGAAUCGUCAAGGCCUACAAUACCCUCGGCUAUCAGACUAGCCUGAUUCCUGAUUCCGCGGAGAAUGCCAAGGGUGAAGACUUUGAGCUCCAACUACACGUUAACGAGAACAAUUUCUCCGCCAGUCAGGUUGGAGGGCCACCCAAUCGCAUUUCAUCCGAGGGUGAUCGCCUCUUGGCCGAGCCUUUCACCGGAUAUCACCCAGCGCACUUACUGAAUCUCGAUCUCAGGGGCUUUGUGCGUAAUAGUCUACAGUCGCUGCGCAAAGAGAUCAAUGAACGGCGAAAGAAAGGGAUCGACGAUGACUUGGACCGUCGUAAUCUACUUGACAAUAUUAAGGAGGCAAUGGAUGAGAAACGGAGCGAAGUCGAGGCCUUGGAGCACCGGCGGCGGGCGGCAGAAGAGGAGUUCGAACGCACCAAGGAAAUCACCACCACUCAGAAGCUGGCGUCUGACGCCCAGAUUGAGAAGAUGGAGAAGGAGCUUGCCAAGAUGCGCGCCACUCUCAGCGACAGUGUCCAAUUAAUGGAGCAGCGGGAGAUGAACACCAACAUUGAGUAUGAGCAGUUGACUCUACGGGCGAAUGCCCUCCGGGAAGAAUUGCACACCAAUGUAGAGACCAUGCUCAACGAUGUCAUCCGGUUUAAGGUGCACGUCCAAAAGGGCCUGGAAGACUACGAGAGCUUUGUAGUGGAUGAGGUGGAGCAGGAGCUAGGAGGUGACAUGCCACUAGCAGAGGAGGAACUAUGA